UUGCAAACUACGUCCACAGUCAUGACCCAGUCAGAGGGCAGGAGUUAGUAGUACGUGGGUCGGUGAGAAGGAAUGUAAAUGUCUGAGGACAGGGAAGCCCAGGAGGAUGAGCUGCUUGCUUUAGCAAGUAUCUAUGAUGAGGAGGAGUUCCGCCGAGCGGAGUCGGCUCAGGGGGGAGAGAUCCAGCUCUGUCUGGAGCUUCCUCCUGAUUUCAAAAUCGUUGUCAAAGGAGAGAAGCAAACUGAAUAUAAUGUCUGCUUCUUACCUCCUUUGGUGCUGAACUUUGAGCUUCCUGCAGACUACCCAUCCACAUCCUCACCAGUCUUCACCCUCAGCUCUAAAUGGUUGACGAGAGCGCAGAUGAGCUCUCUGUGCAGACGCCUGGAUGAGCUGUGGGAGGAGAACCAAGGCAGUGAGAUUCUCUUCAAAUGGAUCCAGUUCCUCAAAGAGGAGGCUCUGGACUUUCUGGGCAUCCAGUCUCCUCUUGAUGUCAUCAGGGGAGGGAAUAAGGCAGGUGGUGAGCGCAGGAAAACCGAAUCUGCAGCAACAGCUCUGACGCCGUGUGAGAGUCAUUCUGAAAAUGCAGAGGAGAAGAAAAGAGAAGUGAAGAAGGAAAAACCUGAACCGCAGUUGUUUUCUUCUCAACUGGACCCGCGGGCGGUCCUGUUGAUGGACCCGCGUGCCGACCUCCUACCUCAGCUCCUGGACUUUGAUGAGGCGCAGCGCCAGAGGGUGUUUGACAGCAAGGUUUUCUGCUGUGGGAUCUGCUUUGUGGAGAAGCUGGGCUCCAGUUGCCUUUGCUUUAAGGAGUGCCAGCAUGUCUACUGCAAGGCCUGCAUGACUGAAUACUUCCAGAUCCAAAUACGGGACGGCAACGUUCAGUGCCUUAAUUGCCCUGAGCCCAAAUGUACCUCCUUAGCCACACCGUCGCAGGUGAAGCAGCUGGUAGACGAGGAGCUGUUCGCCCGUUAUGACCGUUUGCUGCUCCAGUCCAGUCUGGACCUCAUGGCCGACGUGGUCUACUGUCCCCGCCAGUACUGUGGCACGGCUGUUAUGGUGGAGCCAGACACAACCAUGGGCAUUUGUUCGGCCUGCCAGUAUGCUUUUUGCACUCUGUGUAAGAUGGGCUAUCAUGGUGUAUCCCACUGUAAAAUCCCUGCAGAUGAAUUGCGUAACCUCAGAGAUGACUACCUGUCAGCCACAUCUGAGGGGAAAAAGUUCAUGGAACAACGCUUUGGGAAGAGGGUGAUCCAGAAAGCAGUGGAAGAGUCCUUUAGCAGAGACUGGCUCAAUGAGAACUGCAAAUGCUGCCCACGCUGUGGAACCAAUAUACAGAAAGUGGAUGGCUGUAACAAGAUGACCUGUACCUCGUGUAGACAAUACUUCUGUUGGCUGUGCCUGGGCCUCCUCAGCAGAGUCAACCCGUACAGUCACUUUAACAACCCCCAUUCACCCUGUUACAACCAACUCUUCCAUGGUGUAGAUCUUGAUGAAGAAGAUGCCUUCUGGAGUGAUGAGGAGGACUGACACCGAUGCAGUGCCUCACAGCUGUAUGCUCCAUUUGAAUGCACUUUAACUCACUUAACCAUCAAUUCACCUGAGACACACACUGGAUUAGCACAACAGUACCCCCACGACCAUGUCUAUGUUUUGAACCUGAUCAGGAGUCUUGGGUAUAAAUUUAUGUUCAUAUUUACUUAAUAAAUGACAGAUGAGAUUUGUAUUAAGUAUUCGUUCAGGUAUGGCAUGAAUAGUUUUAGUGUUUAUCUCAAGAGAGAAACAGCUGUGGUAAUUCUGAUAAUCUUAAAAAUUCACGCUUUUGGUCAUUAGAAAUAUAUAUUGGAUAUGCGGUUAUCAACAUUAUGUCUUUCAAACCCAGUGUCACAGGACAGAGCUUUAAAUUCAAAACUCUUAAAAUUGGUUGGAUUUCUCUCUAUUUUACAGUAGAUUAUGUCUACAGAUUUGUUUCUCCCCCUCUAAAUUUAACAUACAUUUCUUAAUGAGGUUUAACAUCUCACAGGCUAACAAUCUUCGAGCCACUGACUAAGCUCAGUUUGGUAAUUUGAAGGUAUUUUUUUCCCAAAAGCUACCGAACUAUCGCUUCUGAGUGUAACGGAAAAGAAGGACUGUAGUUGCCCUUUGCUGUAUUACAUAACCUGCUCAUGAUAUCAAGUAUUUGCCCUCUGGCUAGCAUUUUGUCAAAUGUCAAAACUAAGACAGCUAGCUUUUCUUCAGACAAACCUCAAGCUGGAUAAUUAAGGUAAUUUAAAUGAUCUUAUACAGACACCCAUACAAAACUGCUUUAUUUCAGUUCUAGGCUUUUUUGGUUGACUACUCAAAUAGGGAAUCCUUCGGUUUCCCCCAGACAGACACAAUGUGUGAUAUACAGAGUGUGCUCUGUAGGUUACAUCUUCAGACUGGGGUCAUCUUUUCUGGAGAUGUAAUUUUUUUUUUCUUCUUACAAAAAAUUUUGUUUAGAUUUUAGACUUUUUCUUGAGAUUUACAGAAACGUGUUUUUGCACGUCCUCUGAUAAAACUCAAGCAGGUUGGUAACGGGAAUUUCAUGAAAUUGAAUGAGGGGAACAAUUUCAUUAUUUGUUGCAUGUAUUUAUCCAUACAGAAUGUAAUUAUGGAAGACAAUGCAAUAAAUGUUUAUUAAUUUAUAUCCGCUUAUUGGGUUACUGGGAUUAGAUUAGGGGCAGUGGUGUUGGAAUCCUGACUUGGUAAAUAGCCAAGGCAAAUGAGUUUGACUACAUUUAUUAACAUCCUCCUUUGUACAACUAUUAUUUUAAUGUUGCCAAAUAUUAGGGUCAGAGACAGGCCAUAGAAUUUUGAUAAUGUUUAGAAACAAAAAUAAUUUUGUAUAAUGUUAACUUAUUUUACUUUUUCCAAAUUUGUUCAGAAAGAGAGCUAUCUCAUGCAGGCGGUUCUGUGUGAAACUGAAUUUGCUCCUCACUGCUUGUGCAGGAUGCUCUCUAGUUUAUUCUGGUCUGGACUGGUGAAAAGACAAUCUCUUGUUUGGUCUUGAAAUGCUCAUGGAUUCACUUUCCCAUCAAUGCAGACCCACUGUUAUUUCAUGUCUCGUGUAAGAAAUGUUUAAACACAGAACUUGCUGAAUCCUGUUAAAACGCAUUAAGCAUACCGUUCCUCAAAAUAAAUGUCACCAUUUAA